UCAGUCAAUAGGAGGGAAGGUCAGCGCUCACUACGUAUAUUAUUUGCUUUUAGGCGCUUUGCGCGUGCGCACUCGCCGGCUGCUGUGCUGCACUAGUAUCGCGAGUACGAAUUGUCCAACAAAAAUGUUGAUUUUAACGUCUCUUUGAUUUGAAGUGUAAUUUCAACGAGCUCUAGGACUAAUUCCUGAUUAUAUUUGUUUUUUUUUUAAUUUUUUAAAUUUUAACAUUUAAAAUGGUCAGUGGAAACAAAGAUCCUAGCAAACCGAAUAAAAUACCACCAAAAAAUCGUGAGAAGAAAAGCAACAAUUACCUACGUGCGAAUUUCCUGUCGCGACUAUGGUUCAUCUGGAUGAUGCCGACGUUCUGGCGAGGGUUCAAACGGGACCUCUACGAUUCAGAUCUUACUCGACCCAAAGAGAACCAUCACUCUGAUAAGCUCGGUGACCGUCUUGAAAAGAAAUGGCUGGAAGAAGUCGCGUUAGCAAACAAGCAGGGUAGAAAACCAUCGCUCCUGCGCGCCAUGACUAAAGCAUUCUGGAUGAGUUAUGCACCUUCUGGGAUCAUGUUCUUUAUACAAGCACUACUACUUAAACCGUUUCAACCAGUUGCACUAAGCUUGAUGCUGUGGUACUGGGAGCCUGGUUCGGACAUGCCGUACGAGCAAGCAGUGUACUGCGCUACGGCGGUGAUCCUUAUGUCACUGUUGAUAGCAUUUCUCAACCACCAUGGUACAUACUCAACUCAGCAAUUCGGCAUGAAACUACGUAUAGCGGCUUGUUCACUUAUUUACAGAAAGGUAAUGCGUAUGAGCUCUGGUGCCUUAGCGCAGACUACAGCUGGCCAAGUAGUAAAUCUUCUGUCAAACGAUGUGAAUCGCUUCGACUACGCAUUCAUUUAUACACACUUUAUUUGGUUGCUGCCUCUACAAGUGAUCCUGAUUUGCUACCUCAUCUAUAUUAAAAUCGGGUAUGCAGCUGUUGUGGGAGUCAUCGGUAUCGUGCUGCAAACCAUACCAGUUCAAUCUUAUAUGAGCAAAUUAGCUGCAAGAUUAAGAAUGAAAACAGCCUGCAAAACUGACGAGCGAGUGCGCAUUAUGGACGAAAUCAUCAGUGGAAUGCAGGUUAUAAAAAUGUACGCGUGGGAAAAACCUUUCGAGCAAGUGGUAGCGGUAGCUCGUAAGAAUGAGAUCAACUCUAUUACACAAGCAUCGUAUUUGCGAGGUGUAUACCUCAGUUUCAUGGUGUUCACAGAGCGUCUCACUUUGUACAUCACUCUACUCUCCUACUCUUUAUUCGGCUUCCAAGUUACUGCUGACAUCGUAUUCCCACUGGCUCAAUUCUACAAUACUCUACAAGGAACCCUAUCGAUUAUCAUGUCGAAUGCUGUAUCAUUUUUGGCUGAGGCGCUGAUUUCGAUACAACGCCUCGAAGCGUUUAUGCUGUUGGAUGAAAGAGAAGAUCUACGCGGUGUACCUAGUGUGGAUAUCGCGAAACUUGUUAAAAGCGUGGAAAGUAAAAAGGACAAAAACUUAAGUGAAGUGGAUCUAGUUACCAACACGUUUAAAAAAAUAGACGAAGAGGGUAUAUUCAAUCCAGGUUUUGAUAAUACAGAAAAAGGUUUAAUGAAGCAAACACAUAAUGCCAGACCGAUUAGCCCAGAUGUUGGUAUACUCAUUCAGGAUGUAUAUGCGAGUUGGACUGAGAACGGUCCGGUUACCUUAAAUAAUUUGAGCAUCACCGUACCGAAAGGCAAAUUGUGUGCCAUCAUUGGUUCCGUAGGCUCUGGAAAGAGUUCUGUUCUACAACUUUUAUUAAAUGAAUUGAAAACGACAAGCGGUCGCGUCAGUCUCAGUGGACCAAUAUCCUAUGCUUCUCAAGAACCUUGGCUCUUCGUUACAACUGUUCGACAGAAUAUACUGUUUGGUUUACCUUACGAUGCAAAGAAGUACAAAGAGGUGGUGAAAGUUUGUGCACUGCUUAAAGAUUUCCAACAAUUUCCGCAUGGUGAUCAAACUCUGGUCGGUGAAAGAGGGGCGUCCCUUUCGGGCGGUCAGAGAGCACGUAUAAAUCUCGCCCGAGCGGUUUACAGACAAGCCGACAUUUAUCUGCUGGACGACCCGCUGUCCGCGGUGGACGCUCACGUGGGCCGCCAACUGUUCGACGAAUGCAUAAACGGGUAUCUGCGACACACCACCCGCCUGCUUAUCACACACCAACUGCAUUAUCUCAAGGCAGCCGAUUACAUAGUCAUCAUGAAUAAUGGCGUCGUGGAAGCUAGCGGCACAUAUAAUGAACUUGCGACAUCGGGCAAAGAUUUUGCUAAACUACUAUCGGCAUCUCACGAUGAAAAUGAGGAAAAUAAUGAUGAACUUGUUCCGCCAAUAUCUAGAAGGACAUCGGCCAGAUUAUCAACUACAAGACGGCCAUCUCUGACGGAGUCCACAUGCGAGGUGCCGGCGCAGGAGAUGGAAGAGGAGCAGCGUGAAUCUGGCUCAAUGAGUUGGCGUGUGUACAAUGCAUACUUGAGGGCUGGAGGGCGAACGGGACGGCUGAUAUUCAUGUUCACACUGUUAGUUAUAGGACAGCUGUCUGCGACUCUCUGCGAUUAUUGGGUGACUUUCUGGACAAAUCAGGUCACAAGGAUGAAAGAAAAAGAAACCAACACUACAAGUAAAGAUUAUGACCGCCUGAUCUCAGCACAAAAUACCACAUUCGACGUUUCUACAUAUUUCUCCGGAAUUGAACUCCGAUCUAAUUUGGAUAUUCAUGCAUACAUCGGACCAUUGGAUACAGCACAAUAUUUGUACGUGUACACAGCUCUUAUAAUCUGCUGCAUCUUCUUCAUCACCGCCCGAGCUUUCAUGUUCUUCAAGGUGUGCAUGACAGCCUCCCGUAAUUUACACAACAACAUGUUCCACUCGAUGCUUCGAGGCGUGAUGCGAUUCUUCGAUACCAAUUCUUCAGGUCGGAUACUCAAUAGAUUCUCAAAGGACAUCGGUGCACUUGACGAGCUCCUGCCACGGUUUCUUCUGGAAUGUAUACAAAUAUACUUGGUCAUGUUCAGUAUACUGGCGUUGAAUGCAGCUGCACUUGUGUGGACAUUAUUACCGACUACUAUCAUCCUACUACUUUUCUAUACCAUUCUACAAAUCUACUUAAAGUCUGCUCACUCCAUUAAACGAUUGGAAGGAACUACACGAAGUCCCGUAUUCUCACAUAUGUCUGCAACACUCAACGGCAUCAGCACCAUAAGAUCGGCAGGUGCGCAGAAGAGACUUAUUGAAGAUUUCGACAAAUUUCAGGACAUCCACUCAUCGACGUGGAGCAGUUACCUAUCGAGUGGUGUUACGCUCGGCUUCUGGCUCGAUUUCAUCUGCGUGUUGUACCUGGCUAUAGUCAUCGUCGCCUUCCUCGUUAUUGAUAGCAAAACAAUAUUCUCUGGCAACGUGGGACUAGCGAUAUCGCAGACCUUGAUCCUGACGGGUAUGUUGCAAUUCGGUGUGAGACAGACCGCCGAGGUAAUCUCGCAGAUGACCAGCGUCGAACGCAUUCUGCAGUACACACACAUCGAGAGGGAACCGCAGUGGGAUAAAGGAUCACAAGAAAUACCUAAGGGUUGGCCGUCUAGGGGACGUCUCGAGUUCCGUAACUGCUAUAUGAAAUAUUCACCUGAAGCCUUACCUGUCCUUAAAAAUCUGAACUUAGUUAUUGAAAGCGGUUGGAAGGUUGGUAUAGUGGGCAGGACCGGCGCUGGUAAAUCUUCCCUAAUCUCUUCGCUAUUCCGCCUCGCCAUUGUCGAGGGAGAGGUACUCAUUGACGACGUCGAGACUGGGGCAUUGUCAUUACAGGGAUUGCGAUCCAAGAUAUCAAUAAUACCACAAGAGCCAGUGCUAUUUUCCGCCUCAGUCCGGUACAACCUGGACCCCUUCAACAACUACGACGACCAAGAGCUGUGGCAAGCACUUGAAGCUGUGGACCUAAAAGCGGCAGUGCCAGCACUAGACUUUAAAGUGUCAGAAGGCGGCUCUAACUUCUCAUUAGGACAGCGGCAAUUGGUGUGCCUCGCGAGAGCCAUACUGCGCGGUAACCGCAUACUUGUGCUGGACGAGGCCACGGCCAACGUAGACCCCAAAACUGAUGAAUUUAUCCAAAGAACAAUAAGGAAACGUUUCGCGGACUGCACCGUCCUGACGGUGGCGCACCGACUCAACACUAUCAUGGACUCGGACCGCGUGAUGGUGAUGGACGCAGGGAAACUCGUCGAAUUCGACCAUCCUUAUAAUUUGCUCAACAAACCCGACGGCUACUUUACCAAAAUGGUCAACGAGACCAAUGAGAAAAUGUCAACUCAGCUUUACCAAAUCGCGAAAAACACGUACCUCAACAAUGGCGGCGUGAUAGAGUAGUCUAAGUUAAUUAAGUAUAGUUUAAGUCGUCGUCUUCUCGGUUAGGUCGCUAAACACGAGUGAUAUAACUUCCAAGAGUACAUAUACCUACGGACAAACAGUAGCACACCUGUGUAGAAUGAUAAUCACUUUAUCUCAGUGAAAUAUUGUUUUUUCAUAUUGUAUGUUCCUGUUUAUAACGAAAACAUGGUGAAAUUUGAAUAAAUAAUGAUAAUAUUGAUACUGAUUAUAUUAUAAUCAACUCAACGACAACUACGUAUUGUAAACAGAUAUUAUCUAUUGAUUUCAGUCAGCGUUAUAAUAUGAACUUCAAUGUCGAACGUGAAACUAAUGUAUUCAUAUAUUCUUAAAUUAUUAGAUAAGAUAAAUACAAUAGAUGGGUGAUACCCACAUUAAUUUGUAUUUUUAUAAUUACCAUUACUCUUUAAACCUCAAAUAAGAUUUUUAUUCCAAACCCAACUAGAAAAUGUAUAAAUUAGACGUAUUAAUAAUGUAAGUUAGAAUGAUGAAUUUAUUUAUUUUUUAACGUAUAAUUUGUGUUUCGUCAACUGUUUUCUUUGAAAAUCAGCAGUUUGAUUGCCAUAGAGGUUAUCCUCGGUAAAAUAUAAAUACCUAAACUAUAAGAGCUCUUUUUUUUAUCCUUAUGUUCAGUUACUGGUUGAGGUGACCUUAAUUAUAAAACACGCCAAUAAAUUAAAACAAAAAUAC